AUGUCGUGGAGCGGGCCUGUAGCAGGUUCGGCGCCUUUCCAGCAGCAACCGUACGCCAAUGGUCAGCCAUACGGCCAACAGCCGCCCUAUCAAUAUGGACAGCAGCCAGGACAACAACCAGGAUACGGACAAUAUCAGUCAGGAGCUGCGUAUCCGCCGGCCGGUCCACCCCACCGUGCUCCUCAUGUUCAACCUCCAAAGAAGAAGGGAAAUCCGAUAAUUACUCGGUAUCCCCCACCCCCGGGCUAUCGUGGGCCGGCGCAACCUCAGGGUCCUUUUGGAACCACUCAGUUUCCCAAUCAGUACCCACCGCCGCAGCCUACAUUCUCACAAGCACCCGCAGUACCUCCAAGUUACCCACAGCAAGGCUAUGCUGGUCCCCCUGCGCACCAUGGCUAUUCUGCUCAGGGUUAUAACCAGCCGCCGCCCCAAGCUCCGAAUUACCCGCAGGCCGCAUAUCCGCCGGCGCAAGCUAAUUAUCAAUGGCCACAACCAGGUUAUCAACCAAACACAGGGUACUCGCAACCUCCGAAUCAACCUCCUGCGCAGCCCUAUGCACCACCACAGAGCCACUAUCAAGGAUAUCAGCCUCAGCAUGCGGCCGCUAACACCAAUCAACAGGCUUAUGGGCAGAAUUCAUCGUGGUCACAGCAGCAGGGGCAAGCAUCUUAUUCGUCAAACCAAUACAGCUCAAGCAACGGAUUACCCAACAAUACUCAUUCCACGCCGGAUCCUCACGCCACACCAACUCAGGCGACUGUUCAUCUCACUACUGCCCAUACCCUUCCAUCGUCUAAUCAGUCCACUAGUGCUUUGAGUGAGGGGAGUUCAGGCGAGAAGCCGCAACUGUUCCUUGCCUGGGACGACUGGGAUUUCGAUUUUGAUGGUGCUAUAUGGCCCAAAAGCAAUGAACCUGUCGAUCCGGCCCUAAGUCUCGGAGUUAUCAUCUGGCAUCCCGCAAAGCAGGUAACUCGUGCAUUACCAUCAACCUUCGCCGAGGCUGAAGAAGACGCACUCAAACCCACGCCGGAGAAACUGGACAACGGAGAUUCAGUGUCAAUGUACUUUACGGCCGACAAUUCGCACGAGGCUUUCUUGAAUGUUAGGCAGACAGACGAAUGGGAGACACUCCAAGAUGACCCCGUCUUCGUCGUAUUUACAGACGAGGACAUGACAUCCAAUCUGGUCUCGCUAGAGGAUUGUAUUGCUCAACGAGAUCGUCCGGACGAAUUAUACGAGGAGGUACAACAGGAUGAGGAUCUGGAGAUGCGCGACGCUACGUGGGACAUUAUGGAUAACCUUGAGCAGGCACUCGCUACUAACAGUGGAUCCACAAAACCUGCCACCACGGAGUCUGAGACAGCACCUCCUCAACAGCUAAGCCAAGAAGACAUCCUGGCUAAGCUGGGCGUGACCGGGACUCCAAAGCCACCAUCCGAUGAGCAGAUUUCACUACCAUUAUCUGCUUCUGAUGCGAAGCCCCCAUCUUCACUUCCUGGCAAGCCAUCAUUACCUUCUGCCUCCACAAAGACUGCAGAGCCUGCUCUUCCGCCUCAACGAGCGCAAUCGUACGGAGGGCAUCGCAACAACACACAUGGACCUCCGCUGCCUCGGCCGUACGGCUCCAUGUCGUCUUCCACCGCCUCCAGGCCCCCGCCCCCACCUCCACCCCCGGAACAACAACGCUAUGAUCCUUGGAAUGCGCCUCAGCGUAGUGGUCAUGGUCUCGAUGGCUCCAGGGGCAGUCCGGCGCUCUCCGAAGGAAGCAACCACACUAUGGCUGGCUCUGAUUUCGAACCCGAAAACCCUAGCAGCGAGAUACGACAGGAUGUGCCAAGUGCAACCUCACUCGACCGAGGUGAUAGCUCUUUCUCUCGGAAGAGAAGCUAUGAGGAUGCGGACCACGAGCACGAGCGCUUGCGGCAGCAAGAAGACUACAGCAAGCGAAAGCGGCGUUCUCAAGUUGAUGCCGCGUAUAGGUAA